CCGAUCGUGAAUCACUCGCACUCGAAUUUUUACGCGUUGAACUGCGAUGAUAAUGAGAGAGCCAAGCUCCGCGCGGACAAAGGAUGCGGGACGAUCUGUCGAGAUCUAUUCUUGGCCUCUUAAUUUUUGAACAAAUUUACCAGUCUUCAAAGUUAAGGACUCCAGCGUGCGAAGAAGAUACAGUGAUUUCGAAUGGCUGAGAAAUGAACUUGAACGGGACAGCAAGAUUGUAGUGCCUCCACUGCCCGGUAAAGCGUGGAAAAGACAAAUGCCUUUCAGAGGCGAUGAUGGAAUAUUCGAAGAGGACUUCAUCGAGGACAGAAGGAAGGGCUUGGAAGUUUUUGUGAAUAAAAUUGCUGGACACCCAUUAGCGCAAAAUGAGCGAUGUUUACACAUGUUUUUGCAGGAGGUCUGUAUAGAUAAGAAUUAUGUGCCUGGAAAAAUAAGGAACACAUAGAUUAUGUAAAAAGGAAUGAAAUUUAGGCAAUAAGAACGUGAAAAUUCACCUGAACAUGUUAGAACAUUCAUAUUUUAAUUGAUUUUCACGAGAUGCGAUCUGGAGUUCUCUCUAUAUAUUAUAUAAAGUUUUUCUUAUUAAAUUAUGUAUAUUCUUUGAUUAUGAAAUUCGGUUUUCAUUGAUUGAAAAAAAAUUUCUUUAUAUACUGCAAUGUCACACUCACGUACACACACACACACACAUACACACACACGUGCAUAUAAACAUAUAUUUACAGUACUAUGUCGGUAAGGUCACAAUGAAAUGUACAUUUAACUCGGUGUGAUUUUGAAUCUUAGAGGCAAAGACACAUUGAAUUGAACGAGCCAUCACACACGCAAAUUCACAUUUGUAUGGAGCAAUUGUUAAUGGAUUAUUACAAAAGGUUUUUGAGAUCUGACUACAUGUGCAUUUUUACUCACUGCAAGAUAUCGAGAAAAUUAUUAGAAAAUAAAGUAAGAUUAAAGGAGGAUAAGGUGUUUUCUACACAUUUCAUUUGAUCGAGAGAUGUGAGAUUUGUUGUAAGCAAAUUAUUUUAAAUAUAUACUUGUGUAUUUAACGAUUCGGACCAUGAAAUGUAUCGAACAUUCGCGUAUAGUAAAAUUUGUUUAAGUAUAUUGAAAUCAGCGGACUUGUCAUUGCAAAACCUCGCUUCCUUCUCUAUCCGCCGUCAGUAACAAGGAGAAAAGCUCUGCAGUAUGUGCGCACGUAUUCCUUCGUUACCAACCGAGCUCCGCACCUGCGAUACUCGUAUUCACCUACGCUUUGGCGCUUGCGUCACUUGGUCGCAGUCGUUUGUUUGCCUUAGCAGCGGCCAGUGCUAUGAUAGAAUCGUUUUUGGAGUUUGUUGAUCCCGAGCAUUCGUCAUAAAUGUGUCUACUAUUCUGUGUAAACAAUGGGAAAUUGCAUCGGUUACGAGAUCAGAAAGUUCGCGAGGACCGCCUGGAAAAGAAUUCGAUGCAAGAAGAAACGCAAAAAGUCGAUAGUAUUGUUGGUGGUUGGUCUUGACAACGCUGGAAAAAGUUCGGUGGUCAACUAUAUUUUUAAUAAAAGUCUACUGACGCAGGAGAGCGUCGUGCCCACCAUAGGAUUUCGUACCGUAAGCUUCGAUUACAAAUCAAAAUACUCUAUACGCCUGUACGAUGUAGGCGGUGGUCCGCAGAUCCGCGCGCUAUGGCCAAAGUACUACGCCGACGUGCACGGCGUCAUAUUCGUAGUGGACUGUAACGACCACCGUCGCCUAGCUGAAAACACCGCGGUUUUUCAGGAUCUAGUCUGUCACGACUUAAUUUCACAAAAGCCAGUUUUAGUUUUAGGAAACAAGCAAGACUUCAAGGAAGCCGUGGACGAGCUGGACCUGAUCGAGAUCAUGAAAAUCGAGCAAAUCGUCAACUAUGCCAAAUCUUACACGAGGGUUGAAAUCUGCUCGUGCUAUCCGGACAAGCAUAAGCACUUCAAUUUGAAUAAGAAUAUCGACAUAGGAUUCUCGUGGCUGAUUCAGGACAUAGGCGACAACUACGAGGCGCUCGAAGAAUUGUUGGAGGAGAGGAGAGCCAAACAGAACGAGAGGUGGUUGCACGCGAUAAAAACGUGGACGGCCGAGAGCUUCGAGAACUCCUUCGAGUACACCGAUUCGGACUCCGAAUUGUACAUGAAGCCCAUAAUACCAAAGAACGAGUACAAAAAGCGUCGAAAGAGACGGAGAACCCUGAAGAGCAUCUUCUGCAUCACGAACAAUCGAACGGCGCCGAUGUCGGACUACGACAACAACGUGGCCCAGCAGAAAAGUACGAAGGAGCUGAUUCGCAGCAUGAGGAUCGAGGAGUUGAUCAGGACCACGGAGAUCGACGCCGACGCCGUGAUGCGGUACAAGAGGCCCUGGAUCAGGCGAAAAAAGUACCGACCGAAGACUGCACCAGCCGCGACAAAGCCCUUCGAAGUCAAGCCGGUCGAGAGACCGAUACCGAACCAGCUCCCGGUUCCAGCGUGAGAUCACAGAACAUACGAUCUGUACCUUAUACUAGACGGAGAAAGCGAGAGAACAAGUGUAUUUUUGGGAGAGCGGAAUCUCUUUUUGUACCCCGAAUAAAUUGGCGCGUGACUUUGAA